CCGUGACCCUGAAAAGGAGCAAGUGGUAGAAGAUGGAUGGAUGUUUUGUUUUACAGUUCAGGAGGACAGUGAAUCAUCACAAGGUGAAAUCAUUAUUAUUUCAGUAAUUGCAUUCAUUGUUAAAUAUGAGGUUAAACAGUGGGAAUGAAAGAUUUAGAACAGAGCCAUUUUGCAUCUGUUUCUAAUUGAUAUCAAAAACUUGUCUUAUUGCUUCUGGCCCUGAAGAUGAGAUUUCCAGUUUGAGAGCAAAGAAAUCAUCUAAACGGUCAAGAUCAACAGCAAUUGCACUUGAGUCGUGAGUGCGUCUCUAUCCAUGUUGGUCAGGCUGGUGUCCAGAUUGGCAAUGCGUGCUGGGAACUCUACUGUCUUGAACACGGCAUCCAGCCGGACGGACAGAUGCCCAGUGACAAGACCAUAGGAGGUGGAGAUGAUUCCUUCAACACCUUCUUCAGUGAGACUGGGGCUGGAAAGCAUGUCCCCAGGGCUGUUUUUGUGGAUCUGGAGCCCACAGUCAUAGAUGAGGUCCGCACUGGAACAUACCGCCAGCUGUUCCACCCUGAGCAGCUCAUCACAGGAAAAGAGGAUGCUGCCAAUAACUACGCUCGCGGUCACUACACCAUCGGCAAGGAAAUUAUUGAUCUGGUGUUGGACAGGAUCCGCAAACUGGCUGACCAGUGCACAGGUCUCCAGGGUUUCCUGGUGUUCCACAGCUAUGGUGGUGGAACCGGUUCUGGUUUCACCUCCCUGCUCAUGGAACGCCUGUCUCUUGACUAUGGUAAGAAGUCCAAGCUGGAGUUCUCCAUCUAUCCAGCUCCCCAGGUGUCUACUGCUGUGGUGGAGCCCUACAACUCCAUCCUGACCACCCACACCACCCUAGAGCACUCAGACUGUGCUUUUAUGGUGGACAACGAAGCCAUCUAUGACAUUUGCCGUAGAAACCUCGAUAUUGAGCGCCCUACAUACACUAACCUGAAUAGGUUGAUUGGUCAGAUUGUGUCCUCCAUCACGGCCUCUCUCCGUUUCGAUGGCGCCCUCAAUGUCGACCUUACUGAGUUCCAGACCAACUUGGUGCCCUACCCUCGUAUUCAUUUCCCACUGGCCACCUAUGCUCCAGUGAUCUCUGCAGAGAAAGCUUACCAUGAGCAGCUCUCUGUAGCUGAAAUCACAAAUGCCUGCUUUGAGCCGGCCAAUCAGAUGGUGAAAUGUGACCCACGUCAUGGCAAGUACAUGGCCUGCUGUCUGCUGUACCGUGGUGAUGUGGUGCCUAAAGAUGUGAAUGCUGCUAUCGCCACCAUCAAGACCAAGCGCACCAUCCAGUUUGUGGACUGGUGUCCCACUGGGUUCAAGGUGGGCAUCAACUACCAGCCCCCCACUGUGGUUCCAGGUGGAGACCUGGCCAAGGUGCAGAGGGCUGUGUGCAUGCUGAGCAACACCACAGCUGUUGCUGAGGCCUGGGCUCGUCUCGAUCACAAGUUCGAUCUCAUGUACGCCAAGCGCGCCUUUGUGCACUGGUAUGUUGGUGAGGGUAUGGAAGAGGGCGAGUUCUCUGAGGCCAGAGAGGACAUGGCUGCCCUGGAGAAGGAUUAUGAAGAAGUUGGUGUUGACUCCAUUGAAGGUGGAGGAGAGGAAGACGGAGAGGAGUAUUAAAAUACUGGAAGGAAGUCAUUGUCUGGUGUAAGAUGAAAUGAAACUUUUACAACAAACAAAAUAACAAUGUAUGCAAAAACAUAAAGAAAUAAAGCUCCAUUCAAGUUCCCACA